CCCUUUGUGACCCGCAGGUAACCACAUGAUCCCAUAUCAUCUGUUGACCCUGAGUAGAAGCUAAUUUGUGGGUGACCAACACACCUAUGAGUAGAAACUUCUUUAGAUGUCCGUGGUGGACAGGAUAUUCUCCCUGGGCCCCCAACCCUUCUGUCAGCAGUUGGAACCCUCACGUAAAUCGGAGGCCAAGCUAUUCCUCGAGACCUAGUCGAGCUUCCUCUCACAACCCCCUUGGCAUUACCUGGAGCACCCAGGCUUCAUGUUGGAUUCACAUCUCAAACCUUAAUAUGGCUUCUAAAAGGGACGAACCAUUACCAAAACGUAUGCGAACUGGAGAGGAAGAACACGUUGAGCAGAAUCCGUCUGAGAAGAAGUCAUCCAGUCCUUCUAGGGAUGCUCGAGUCCCACCACUACAUGCUCCUCCUGAACCUCCCAAAACUUUAGCAGAAGUCCAAGUAUCCACUGCCCAGAUGCCCUUUACUGCACGUGAUGUGAGGAGACAAUGGGAAGACUUCAAUCUAUAUUAUUCAGAAUUAUCCAGGUGGAAUCAUGUGUUUGGGAGAAAUCCAGAGAACUUUGACUUUACUGUCCUUUCCUACAAUAUCCUUUCCCAGGACCUCCUGGAGGACAACUCCCAUCUGUACAGCCACUGCAGAAGGCCCAUCCUGAUCUGGAGCUACAGGCUGCCUAAUAUUCUCAAAGAGCUGGCAGAUAUGAAUGCAGAUAUACUUUGUUUGCAAGAGGUUCAAGAAAAUCAUUACAGAACCCAGAUCAAGCCCAGUUUGGAAAGUCUUGGGUACCAUUGUGAGUACAAGGCUCGAACUGGAGAUAAGCCAGACGGCUGUGCCAUUUGCUUCAAGUCCGAUAAGUUCUCCUUGGUGUCUGUGACCCCCGUGGAAUAUUACAGGCCUAAUAUAGCACUGCUCAACAGAGACAACAUCGGACUUGUGCUUUUGCUUCAACCUAAAUCACAAAGAGCAGCCCCUGUAAUCUGCGUGGCCAACACCCACCUGUUGUAUAACCCAAGGCGCGGGGACAUUAAGCUGGCACAGCUGGCCAUACUCCUUGCUGAGAUAGCUAAUGUGGCAUUUACUAAGGAUAGAGGAUUUUGCCCUAUUGUGCUCUGCGGGGACUUCAACUCCGUGCCUGGGUCACCUCUCCACAGCUUUAUCAGGGAAGGAAAGCUUAAUUAUGAGGGCGUGACUAUUGGAAAGGUGUCAGGCCAGGAGCAGUAUUCCCGAGGGCAGAGGAUACUCUCUUGUCCUAUAUGGCCGAAAAGUUUGGGCAUCUCUCAGAACUGUGUCUUUGAACCAAAGGAAAAGGCAAGGAAGAGCGGCGAAUCAUUCAGUGAAACAUCUGCUGGGAACUCUGCGCCAAAUACACAGGUGCAAUCUAGCCUGUACCAUCACUUCAGCCUCUCCUCGGUGUACAGUCAUUUCUUUCCUGGAUCAGGAGUCCCCGAGGUCACUACCUGCCACUCCAGAUGUGCCCUGACAGUUGAUUACAUUUUUUAUUCAGCAGCAAUGAAUGACCUAUUUGCACAGCUGGGAACGAAUUUCAGCCAGAACGGCCUCCAGCUCCUGGGGAGACUCUCGCUGCUCACAGAACAAGAUCUUUGGAGUGUUAACGGCCUCCCUAACGAGACCAACUCCUCCGAUCAUCUCUCCUUAUUGGCCAUGUUUAGGCUGGAGAUUUGACCUUAUUUUAUUUCUUCAGCCUCUUUAUUUAAUUCCCCUCCCCGAAUCUCGGGAUAUUUUAAUGAAGCGCAUAAACAAAAGCCAGUGAAAAACAUGGGUUGGUUUUUAUGAAGAUUUUUUUUUUCUGCCACGGCAUUUUAUUUGUGACUGAAUUUCAUUGAUGUUCUGUGUGAUUUGUAAAUUCUCCAUUAAUGUAAAUAUUUUUAAAAAAA